CGCCCCCUAGGAACACAUGCGCCAUGGAAGCUGUCAAGCUGGCUAAGAGAUCCUGAAGAGAAUCUCAAAUUUUAGGUCCAAUUGAGGAACGAAGGAGAAGGAUACUGCCUUGUUUUGAACCCUGAACGAAACAUCCGAGGCAGGAGAGUUGGUUGUCCGCAGUGGAAACCAGCGGGAAUGAGUGAUGAUGAUAAACCCUUUGCUUGCUCGGCUCUGGGAUGUGGGAUGCGGUUUUCUACAGAGGACCACCUGAAUGUGCACAUAAGGAAGCAUGAAAUGUCACUGGCCUUGAACCUCGGGGGAGGGAGUCUAAUCGCCUCCCCCACCAACCCAUUCAUAGACCAGACGCCAACACCAACCAAGUUCCUGAGAAACUGUGAAGAGAUAGGGCUGUUCCAGGAACUCAGUAAAAAUCCAUUUGAAGAGGCAUUCAAGAAGGCGGCUGACCUGCCCGAGGGAGUGCCACUUCCAGGUCCCCACUCCAAUGAUCUCAACACUCCAGUUCCACCUGACCCGUCACGCCUCGACUCGGUCAUCGAGGUACCCAAGCUCACCUCCUCCUUGUCCAUCAAAGAGGAAGUGGACAAGGAAAGUGGGGUCAUCGUCAUCGAGGAAACGGAAGCUCUAGACCUGUCUGGACGGCGACAAGAUUCCAAGCAAGCCAUCCCACAACCAUCGUCCACAACCUCGGAUGAAGACGUCCAUGUCCGCUCCACAUCCCAAGCGGCAGACAGCACCAUGUCCCCAGCCAAACCUGUGGUGUCCAGCUCCAGUUCCGAGACAUUAUCACCAGCUCCGGUCAACAUGUCAAAUGUUGCGGUAGUGCAGUCAGGGGCGGGGAUGCCAACCACCUCAGCGAGCGCCGCGCAGCAAGUGUACACCAUGCAGGUCUACCUCCAGCUUCCGUCAGGGCAGACUGUGCCCGUCAACAUCCCCGCCACCAUCGGCCCCUUGGGACAACAGCAACAACAACAGCAACAACAACAACAGCAGCAGCAGCAACCCGCAUCACCACAGGGCAUCGUCAUACAACAGAAGGCACCGAGUGCAGCAACAUUACCAACCACGCCUGUUACCACAGCGCCGGUCACUACCCCCACGUCAUCCAUGGUGCUGAAACAGCGUUUAAAACAGACAAUUCAGCAAAACACCCCAUCUCUGGCAGUAAUAAAGACGGAGCCUGCUCCCCUGCCUGCGCUGCACACGUCUGUCGUCAGCCCCUCCCAACCUUCCACAUCCAUCUAUAUACCGGAUACUGUGUCAGGAUCCCAGUCGGACUCCCCGGUCGGGUCUCCAGACGGAGAGUUCUCUGAGUCCGGCUUCAGCAUAAAACGGUCCAAAAGAGCCAGUGUGGACGAUGAUGCUGACGAGAGGAGAAGGAAGUUUUUAGAGAGAAACCGAGCGGCAGCAGCCAGAUGUCGGCAGAAACGGAAACACUGGAUCAACAACCUCGAGAAGAAAGCUGAUGAGCUCCAAAACACUAACUCUAGAUUACAGAGUGAGGUGAGCCUGCUACGCGGGGAGGUGGCCCAGCUCAAGACGCUGCUCCUGGCACACAAAGACUGUCCCAUCACCCUCCAGCAGAAGUCUCAAGGUCACCUCGCCUUAACCACAAUAAACCUAGUGGAGUCUGGUGCUUCUGCUAGUAUACCUACCAUCACCUCAUCCGAAGUAUCAGCCUCCCAAGUUGCCGGGGCAACAGAGGCCAUCACUAUGGCAUCAGGCAUCACCGUCAUUCCAGUCUCUGCAGAGCACAUCGUAGCAUCACAGGAAGUUGGCAAAAAGUGACACCAUUAGUUCAUCAGGAAAGACUGUCAAAGACUUUACUCAUCUAGAUGUGUGUUUGAAUUACAGGAACAGCAACUUAUACCAAGACAUGUGAUACGUUGUGUCAGAGAGUGCUUGUGUCAUCAUCUUGCUCUCAUGUCUUCUCCACCAAAGCUUGUGUUAGCCGAGGGUGGGGUCAGCCACGACCUUGUUGUGUUCGCCCAGGGAUAGGUCUACACAGACGUCUUGUGUUAGCGUAGGUAUGGGUCAGACACAAGCGUCUUGUGUUGGUCCAGAGAUGUGUCAGACACAAGCAUCUUGUGUCAGCCCAAGGAUGGGUCAGUCACAAGCAUCUUGUGUUAGCCCAAGGAUGGGUCAGUCACAGGUGGCUUGUGUUAGCCUAAGAAUGGGUCAGUCACAAGCGGCUUGUGUUAGUCCAGGGAUUGGUCAGUCACAAGUGUCUUGUGUCAGCCCAAGGAUGGGUCAGUCACAAGUGUCUUGUGUUAGCCCAGAGAUGGGUCAGACACAAGCGGCUUGUGUUAGUCCAGGGAUUGGUCAGUCACAAGCGUCUUGUGUUAGUCCAGAGAUGUGUCAGACACAAGUAUCUUGUGUAAGACCGGGGAUGGGUCGGACAGACAUCUUGUUUUAGCCCAAAAAUGGGCCAGACACAGAUGUCUUGUGUUAGCCCAGAGAUGGGUCGGACACAAGCGUCUUGUGUUAGCCAGGACAGCCGGGGGCAAAGCCCCAAGAACAGUAUAGGGCAGGAUCUGACCUCUGGUGUGUAGUAUAUGUGUUAUCAUAUGGUUAUAGACAAACACAGAGGCCAAAACAUUUUAACUUUAAUCUACAUAUAACUUUAGCCUAAACAUGUAAACUUGGUAGACAAAUCUAGGCCCAAGCAUGGUAACUUGAUACACAAAUCUGGGUCCAAGCAUGGUAACUUGAUACACAAAUCUGGGCCCAAGCAUGGUAACUUGAUACACAAAUCUGGGCCCAAGCAUGGUAACUUGAUACACAAAUCUGGGCCCAAUUAUGGUAACUUGAUUCACAAAUCUGGGCCCAAGCAUGGUAACUUAAUACACAAAUCUGGGCCCAAGCAUGGUAACUUGAUACACAAAUCUGGGCCCAAGCAUGGUAACUUGAUACACAAAUCUGGGCUCAAGCAUGGUAACUUGAUACACAAAUCUGGGCCCAAGCAUGGUAACUUGAUACACAAAUCUGGGCCCAAGCAUGGUAACUUGAUACACAAAUCUCGGCCCAAGCAGGGUAACUUUGGGAAAGAUAGACAUGGGUCCACCUGGUCGUUACCAACCUGUAUGCUACAUAAGCAUGGAGGUCAAUACCUGAGCAGGUAUACAUGUGGCUAUCUAGGCUGUGUUGUGUGUAUAUCCCAGUACAUUCACAAGAGGUCGUGGAGACAAGAUGGACAGAGAAUGAGAGACAGGACUGAGAGGUGGGGCACAGUUGAAAGCCUCUGUUGACAGCAACAGGGUGGGUCGUAUUGUUCCUGAGUAACAAGAAGUGCCAAACUGGCACACAUUACCUCCAUUAGAACUUUGUUUGGUGUACUAUAAUCCUGGCUGUGUAUGACACUGGUGGGAAGGCAAUGUGAUGUCACAUCUGGCCUAUGAUAUCAUGUGAGUCUCUGUGAUGUCAUCGGGUAGCCUUGUUGUUAAAGCGUUUGCUUGUCACACCGAAGAUCUGGGUUGAUUCCUGAAAUGGGUACAAUGUGAGAAGCCCAUUUCCGGUGUCCCCCACUGUGAUAUUGAUGGAAUAUUGCUAAAAGUGGCAUAAAACCAAACUCACUAACCCACUCAUGUGAGUCUCUGAUAUCAUGUGAGUCUCUGCGAUGUCAUCUGAGUCUCUUGAGUCUCUGUGAUGUCAUCUGAGUCUCUGUGAUGUCAUCUGAGUCUCUUGAGUCUCUGUGAUGUCAUGUGAGUCUAUGAUGUCAUGUGAGUCUCUGAUUCUCUGUGAUGUCAUGUGAGUCUGUGAUGUCAUGUGAGUCUGGUUCUCUGUGAUGUCAUGUGAGUCUCUGUGAUUUCAUGUGAGUCUCUGAGCCUCUGUGAUGUCCUCUGAGUCUCUGUGAUGUCAUGUGAGACUAUGAUGUCAUGUGAGUCUCUGUGAUGUCAUUAGAGUCUCUGUGAUGUCAUAUGAAUCCUGUGAUGUCACAUUGACCCCUUUGAUGUCAUGUCAAUGUCCAUGAUGUCGUAUUGGGCCCGUAAUGUCACACCAGGCCCUAUGUCACAUGACUCUCUGUGAUUUCUCACCAGGCCUGGUAUCGUCUGCUUCUUCACCAUUGCCACAUUAUGAACAAUUCUUCUCACUGUGGGUUAAACAUAGCAAGGAGCCAUCAUUCAGAAAUAGAUAUAUUAUAUCUUGAUUUUUUUACUGUAAAAUUUUGAAACUAUUCAUUGUACUUCAAGUGUUUCAUAUCACUGUCAUAAUCAUGGCAAUUUUCAUAGAAAAUGAAAAAAAAAUGGUGUGGUCAUUUCCAAGCAUUCUCAUGUUUGAUGUACAUUUUUAGCCAUUUUUUGUGACCUUGUGGUCAUGUGACUGGUCAUGUGACAAAGUCAGCUGAUUAAUGUGUGUAAUAGAAAACUGCAUAUUUGAUUGGCUGUUGAACAGCUGUAUGUCUAGUGCUGUGAUACUUGUAAUGUGAAUCUGUUGAUUUCAUUAACAAACCAGAUAUUGUGCUAUAUACAUUAGAGGGAGAAUCUACUGCUAACUCCAUCCCAGGCUGUUGGGGGAACAGAUGUUGAGACAAUAACCAAACUGGAUACCUAUGCUUGUUUAGGGCUGGUCAUAAACACUAUAUGUAUGGAUGCUGUGUUAUCUAAAUUCUGUAUCUUUGUUUGUCUACUUGUUAUUGUAGAGAGUGACUUGUUUACCUUUUUGUGAAAGACAUUUGUGUUUUUGAGAUGGAUAUCAAAGUGACAAAAUGGUUUGUUAACAUAUACAAGUUUGACAAUGCAUACCUGCCUGGCUUUUAUGACUAAAAGAUAGAAUGGCAUUAAUAACGAUAUUUCCAUUUUGCAAGGAAGUCCCCAUUAUUGAGUCUGACUUGAAUAAUUCUUCAAAAUUUAUGAAAUUUUGGUCAUCUUGGUUUGGCCAAGCUUUUCAAGAAAAUUGGUUUACAGAUCCACGGACCAUAGAAAAUUAUAAUAUGUGGGAUGAGCAAAUAAAGUGUUGACCUAGAUAAAGUGUGAGUAUUAAUAUAAGCGCCCGCUCCCCCAACUGGUUCAAAGUCUCUGUCAAACUUUUUGAUCCAUGUAUGAAAGGGAGGUUACUCUCAUUGUGCACCUUGCAAAUCUGCCAGUCAUAGAAUAUGUUAAACAGCAAUACCGUCAAGACUGGCUUAACAAACACAGGGAACAUGGCAACAUAUUAGGAGAACAUUUUGUAUAACAAAAAUAAUCUUUGAUGUCUUCUUUUCCCCACAUUUUCUCCUAUGACAUAACUAACCAUGAUUAAAAAGUAAGUUGUCAAUAAAACCAAGAAUUGAUAAAAAAACAACCUUGUCAGAUCCUGAAAACAUGGAAUUGUUGCCAUGAUCAAAAUGGAUAGACAAAACAAUUCUACCAUAUAAUUCCUUAGUAAUUAUACCCGGAUGGUGAAUACGAGUUCAUCUCAAAUGAAAGUCAAUAGAUGAUGUAUAACUAUUGUAUGUCAUGGGAGGGAUCUAUGCUUUGUCCCUAUUUUCGAUUCUGUCAUUUAGCAAUGUUGUCUUAUGUAAAGUGAGUGUUUGUAUGUUUGUUGAUUUUGAAGUUAUCUCUUUGUUAUUGUUGCAUAUUAAUUGAGAUUUAGAGAAAGACUAUGUUGUUGUGCGGAUUGUUGAAUUUGAGAAAUUUGGGUAAUCUACUUAAGCUCAUUUGAAACUUUGAUUUUGUAAGGGUUUCCUGUAUUUCUUGAAUUAUAGCUGGCUUUGUUCGAAGUCUGUGUGUGUGCACUAUAUUUGCGAGAACGGCUCAGAUGGUGGGGAAAAUAUAAUGUGAGACAACUUAUCAAGGUUUUUGCUCAGGAAUUUUUUUUCAGCCUAAGAGGCCAAAAUUGGAUCAAAUUUAUUUAACAGUUUGUGGUGUAAUAAGGUCGUCUGAUGCUGCAACUUGUACACAGGGGAGACAACUUGUGCACAGGGUAGACAACUUGUUCACAGGGUAGACAACUUGUUCACAAGGGAGACAACUUCUUCAGGUAUGGUGUCUCUAUUCCAAAUAGGGUUAGCUUCAUUUCUACCUCUGGUAACCAUGGUAACCAUUUGUUAAUACAUAACUUCCUGUGUCUAAUACUCCCAUUUUAUUCAAAAUUAUUUUUUCUCACUUUUGCUUCAUUUCAAAGUGGUUUAUUAGUUUGGUACAUACAAACUUGAAGGGACAAUGAUUUUGAUGGACAUGGAAUAUCUAUUUCUACAUAACAGUUGUCUUCUUUUCAAGGCUUCAUCUAUGUGCUCUAGUUCAGCUGUGUCAUAUAGCUUCAGCAUCUAUUAAGACAUAACAACAUCCUUUUGUCAGAAAAUGUGAUUUUGGUAUGCAUCAGUUCAUCAGUUUGACAUAUAUGAAUAUUAGGACAAAAAGUGGUCUUUGCAUUUCAUAAACUAAGGUUGUGAUUAGAGAUUGCUUUUAUUGUCAUAGCUAAUGUGUUGAUAACUGUUGUGUUGAUAUGCAUUGGUGUAGACUGGCCAGGCUUUGGAUCUGUCUGUCGAUAUUGGACACAUCUAUUGAAGAUGGCUGCUUUCUUGUGUGUUGUUGUGCACAGCUCUUAGAAAAUAACAGCAUGCCAUCACAGGUAGGGGGCACGGGUGGCCCAGUCGUCUAAGGCGCCGCGAUUUGCUGUGCAGAGUUGCGUCCCUUGGGCAUGCCAUAAAUCGAAUCCCGGUUCGCCCCGAUUGUUUCUAGGUUUGUCAGCACCA